AUGGAAGAAGGUACUAACAAUAGCAAUGGCUUUGUGCUAUCAAAGGCUAUAGACCUUGCCUUGAUGACCUCCAAGCAGGAGAGAGACGAAGCAUUCCUAAAAUCAAUGCCUCCUGGUUAUCGGUUCAAGCCACGUGACGAUGAGCUUGUAAAUUAUUAUUUGAAGAGGAAAGUUUAUCAUAAACCAUUGCCACCCAACAGAAUCAGGGAGGUUCAUCUCUACAACUAUGAUCCUGAAACUUUAACAGAAGAGAGCAAUAAGUCAUCAGAUGGAGCAGUGAAUGAAUGGUUUUUCUUCACACCUAGACACCGCAAAUACCCAAAUGGCAAAAGGCCUGGGCGAGGAGCAGGUAAUGGAUAUUGGAAGGCUACUGGAGCCGAUAAGCAUAUCAAGUAUAAAGGAGAUUUGGUUGGAUUCAAGAAGACUUUAGUCUUCUACAAGGGGAAACCACCUAAGGGUGACAAGACCAGUUGGAUAAUGCAUGAAUAUGUAUUAAGCAAUCCUCCAGCAAUACAAAGAGCUGGUGCUGAUGACAUGAGACUUGAUGAUUGGGUGCUAUGCAGAGUGUAUAAGAAGCAGUAUGCAAAGUCAAAACUUGAAAUCCCACGGCAGAGUACUGAUCAAAAACAGGAGGAAGAUGAAGAUGCAAUUCCAGCUCAAACAGAAACCCACAAGCAAGAAUUUGGGAUUCCACCUCCUCAAUCUGAUCAACAGUUUCAAGUCCUAGACUUCAAUGUGCUGCCACUAGCACAACAAACUUGUCCAAUGCCUUUUUUAAACAAUGCAUAUGAUAAUUCUACAUUUGGAGGACUGCCACAGUUUCCUGAAUCUGUUGAUUCUUUGCUGCAAUAUGACUCAACCAUAUUUUCUCAGCUGUUUGAGCCUGAUUAUGGUAAUCCUAUACUAACAGCUGCACCAAUUUCAUCUAUACCUCCUCCUGGUCAGUUUCAUUUCAUUGGUGAUGGUAAUUUCAACAUACAUGAGCAGCAACAGCAAUUUUCAGGUGCCCCAUGCAAUUUUGAGUUCUCACCUGAUGAUCAAUUCCUUUUGAAAAGUGAUUUUGGUUUGCCAAAUAUAUUUAGAGAUUUGUAG